UGUUUCCCCCCCCAGCACAUUCUGAAUGACAGGAUCUCAUACCCGGAUGAAACCUUCAUGGACAACGAGUUCAAGACAUCAGUCAUCUAUGACAUCGCAAAGGGCAUGUCCUAUCUCCACUCCAGUAACAUCCAGGUCCACGCCACCAACUGUGUGGUCGACAACCGCAUGGUGGUCAAGAUCACCGACUUUGGCUGUCACACCAUCCUGAAGCCCGGCAGAGAUGUGUACACUGCCCCGGAGCAUCUUCGUAAAGAUGGGGUGUCUCAAAAAGGCGACGUCUACAGCUAUGCCAUCAUUGUUCAUGAGAUCGUGUCGAGGCGGAGUCCGUUCUACACGGAGUGCUGCUCUGAUCCUGCAGAGAAGAUCUACAGAGUGAAUUACACCAGUGGGAUGAACGUCUUCAGACCGGACCUCACCUUUGACGGCGCAUCAGAAAAACAGGUGGAGCUGUUCAUGCUGAUACAAAUCUGCUGGGAUGAAGACCCAGACAGAAGGCCAGAUUUUAAGAGAAUAGAGGUCACUCUGGGUAAGAUUUUCGGUAACCGGCACAACCAAGGCAGUGAGACGUACAUGGACAACCUGAUCCGCCGCUUGCAGAUGUACUCCAGAACUCUGGAGCAUCUGGUGGAGGAGAGAACCUCUUUGUACAAAGCGGAGAGGGACAGAGCGGAUCACCUCAACUUCAUGCUGCUUCCUGGCCCAGUGGUGCAUUCACUGAAGGAGACGGGCAAAGUGGAACCGGAGCUGUUUGAGGAGGUGUCCAUCUACUUCAGCGACAUUGUGGGAUUCACCACCCUCUGCCACUACAGCACCCCCAUGGAGGUGGUGGACAUGCUCAACGACAUCUACAAGAACUUUGACAGCAUCCUCGACCACCAUGACGUGUACAAGGUUGAAACGAUAGGAGAUGCGUACAUGGUUGCCUCAGGUUUGCCCAAGCGCAAUGGUGACAGGCAUGCAGUGGAUAUUGCCCACAUGGCCUUGGACAUCCUGGCAUUUGUAGGGACCUUUGAGUUGCAGCACCUGCCCGGCAUCCCUCUGUGGAUUCGGAUCGGUGUGCAUUCAGGUAACAGUCAUGAAAUUGUCUUAUUUAAUGCUUAUUCUUGCCCAUACACCUCACUUAGAUCAAUAGUGUCUUAAUUAAUUGGCACAAAUGGAAUAUAAUAUGCAAAACUGUGUUUUCAUUAGUGUAUAAAUGACCUAAA